AUGUCUGAACGCAGCCAUGAGUCGGCACAAGCUGGAGUCAAGAGACUCGAGGCUAUCUCGUCGACAUGGUCCAGAUUCGCUCUCUACGCCGCAUACUUGGGCGUCGCCAUGCUGGCAUACGCGACGUCAUUGGAGGGACAAACGACCACCAACCUUACCAUCUUUGCGACAUCUGCAUUCAAGUCACACUCCAUGGUAUCGACAGUCCUGGUGAUACAAGGUGUCGUUCUAUCCGUUGUUAAACCGCCCAUGUCCAAAGUUGCCGAUGUCUUUGGUCGAUUCGAAGCAUUUGGUCUCUCAGUGCUAUUCUACGUGAUCGGUUUCAUCCAACAGGCCGCCUCUACCAGCGUCAAUACCUAUGCAGCGGCGCAAAUUUUCUACUCUGCUGGAGCUACUGGACUUCAAAUCCUCAUUCAGAUCUUCAUCGCUGAUACGAGCGAUUUGGUGAACCGAGCUCUCUGCUCCACCAUCCCGGACAUCCCUUUCCUGGUCAAUGUGUGGCUUGGCCCGGCUUUGGCUGAGACGAUACUGAAGAACUUAAACUGGAGAUGGGGCUAUGGUAUUUGGGCUGUCGUGCUGCCUGUUGCUUUCUUACCCUUGGCGCUGGCGCUUGUCAUCAACCAGCGCAAAGCUGCGAUGCGUGGUAUCUUGCCCGCUUCGCCGUUUGUCGGUGAAUCAUGGUGGGAGGUCAUCAAAACUCUCUGGUUCGAAUUGGACCUUCUUGGACUUGUUCUCAUCUGCGUGUCGUUCACGCUCAUCUUGAUUCCAUUGACAAUAGCCGCCAAAGCUGGCUGGAACAACCCCAACCUGAUCUCCAUGGUUGUGGUCGGUGCUGCUUGUCUGAUUGCGAUUCCAUUCUGGGAGAGAAACAAGACCCUGGCUCCUCAUGCAUUCUUCCCUAGAGCCUUCUGGAGGAAUAAAACCAUCCUAUGCGGCCUUGCUCUUUCUUUCUUCUAUUUCAUGGCCUUUUACCUCUCCGUAUACCCAUAUUUUCAGUCAUAUCUCCUGGUGGUCCAGGACCUCCCACUCACCAAAGCCGGCCGCAUCGUGCAGACAUUCACCUUCACUUCGACAAUCACUUCGAUUGUUGUUUCUUUUGCCAUCAAGUAUACCAAGGUGUACAAGAAAUUCAUGGUCCUGGGCACAAUGCUUUAUGUGCUCGGCCUUGGCCUGAUGAUUCAUUACCGGACCGAAGACUCGUCACCAGCGACGAUUGUCGGCACGCAGAUCUUCCUAGGCGUAGGUGGUAGUCUCACCCAUGUACCUGCGCAACUUGGCGUGCAGGCCUCAGCCAGUCAUUCGGAGGUUGCUGCAGCCACGGCGCUGUUCCUGACGUUCUUGGAAAUUGGUGGUGCUGUCGGUAGUGGCAUCUCGGGCGCAAUUUGGACGUCUAGCGUUCCAAAGAAGCUGGCGCUCUACUUGCCACCCGAAACGCAGGACCAGGCUGCCGAGAUCUUCGGCAACAUCACACUUGCAUCCCGCGGUUGGCCGAUGGGAAGUCCAACACGCAAUGCAAUCAAUCUUGCUUAUCAAGAGACGAUGACCAGGAUUCUGAAGGUUGCGGUGUUCGCGGCGAUUCCGUGCAUUGUGCUGGCACUGUUGAUGAAUGACUACAAGCUGGACGAGAUAGAUCAAGGGGUGAAAGGAGUUGUGAUUGGAGCAACCCAGUUCCCAGCGGAUCACGGCGACGAUCCACACGCCGGUCCAUCGAGCACGAGACUGCUGGACCACAACGGCGAGCCUGAUGAAGACGAUGACGAGUCGGAGGAAUCGCACAAUUCGCGGACACAACUGAUUCGGAAAUCAUCAUGAAAUGAAAUGGACAAUUUGCAUUUUGUUGGGAUCUAGAGCUUGGCAUGAGCGAUGAGGGACAGGAUAGCAUUGGCCGCACGGAGCAGGUUGCAUGUUGCAUAUGUAUUGCAUGGGAAAGCGUUUUGAGCAUGAUGGCGUUUUGGAAGCAUGCGGGCGUUGCCUCGUGCGGACGGCGGCACAGCAUGAUUAUUAGAUGAUGGGCGGCACAUGGUUCUAGAUAGCCUCCUGAUAUUCUUUUCAAACACUGAGUUGUG